CAUAAACACGGACGGAGUGCAAGGCAGCAACCAAACACAAAUUUGCACUCGAGACCGACAGCUCAACAAUUCGACCCACAGCUCGAUCAAUCAACUACUCUCAACAUGCCUCCCCCAUCGAAGCUCGCCGUUGCGACAUCCUCGCUGGUCCGCUUGGUGAAGGAGGAAGCAAGCUACCACAAGGAGAUGGAGCAGCAGCAAGCACGCAUCAAGAAGCUUGAGGCCGGCAGCGACGACCAAAACGCAGAGUACAUGCUCAGGCAAGAGAAACAAGGUCUCGAGGAGACCAAGACUGUCAUACCGACCGUGCGUGCCAAAAUCAGUGACGCUCUGGAGAAGCUGGAGGAUCAGCUCAAGGAGGCUGGAGGCGAUGCACCAGCUGGAGAGGUCACCAAGGCGAAUGAUGCGAUUGAGGAGGCAAAGGCGACUCUUGCCGAGUCUGCAUGAUGAAAUUGCACGUGGCGUGGUGGUGUUUGUAGAUGUUAUACCCAUUUCAAUAUAGUACAUACGAACCACCUGCAAAUUGAAGACCAUCCUGGA